AAUUUUAAAUCAAAGACUAACAUAAAAAUGAGUAAUUAUUUAUUUUCAGUUGUAAAUAAGUGAAAAUUGUAAGUUCAAUUGUUGAUUUAAAAUAGAGAUAAAUUGAUAGGGAAUGGAGGAACGAAUGAAUAUUUUAAUGGUAUUGUGAUUUUUUUUGGUUAUUUCCAUUGGGGGGAGAUGCGAAAGGAAGGAAAGGAAAUAAUGAAAGGGAAUAAAAAAGAGAGGAUUACGAUUUGAAAGGAUGAAGUGAAGGCGCUUCUGAUGCGCGCGCAGUUCUCUGGAUAAUUCACCCUGAAGGUCUCCACAAACGAUUGCGGAAGCGAGAGGGAGGAAAAACAUGGCAGUAUUGACUAUCGAUAUUCCUUUUUUUCCACUGUCACCCAACGACAAUAUAAAUACCCUCCAAACAAUAAUUGGCGCGUACCCCAAGCCCCCAAAAGCCCAAUCAACUCCACCGAAACAUGUGUGAAGAAAUCUGAACUCAAGUGUUUCAAGGUAAACUAACGGUCAGAUGACAAUUAAUCCGUUCACACUGGCACGAAAAAAUUGAGAAAAAAAGAAGAAGGUGAAGCAUUGUAUAAUGGUGUUGAAUGGAUCUGCGAGUGUGUCUGUACCAAGCAUUUUCUGAACGAGUGUUGUCGACAGAUCCAUAAAAAAGUCAUCAAAGAGAGUGGAGUCCGUGGUGAUCAGUAAACAUGAAGGGAUUUCAUUGAAUCAAGACAAGAGUACACUAGCCAGUCGAUGAAUAAAAAUGUGUCAGAUACACAGACUAUGUAUAAAUGAUUUGUUUGGUUUGAGACUUAUCUGGCUUGUGUGUGUGCAUUGUUGUCAAACUAUUAAAAUCACUCAGUAAUUACGGUCAAGUGUAGCAAGUUGAGUUACAAUUAAAAACUCAUUAUAAUUAAUUUCUUUGUCGUGAAUUAUUCAGGGUUUUCUACAUCGUAAGGACGAGCACUGUAUUUUUAUUCCAAGUCUUCUUCGUUCGUGAUAAGUACGUGUCGUGUUGUUGUCAGGGAGUAAUUCAAUAAAUGAAGAAUGUAUAUACAUAUAUAUUGCGAAUAAUAUUCACUCGAUAACAUGCAAUCUUUCAUUAUUUUCCGUUAUGUGCGUGAGGAAUGCCUCUUUUAUCAGUGUUUACUCCGAUGAAUUUAGGAUUGAGGGGGAGUUAUUAAUUGUCGAAACGUAAGACUGAUUACAAGAUUUUGGGGCUCGCCCGUUGAAUAUCGAUACGUAUUUGUGCUCCAGUGGGAUUUUUUUAUUUAUUUAUUUGGGGAUUUUUUAUGAGGUGAGGGUCUAGAAAAAUUGUUGGAUAGCGCAGGAGUAUUUGGAUAAUCGCAGAAUGGUUAUUCGAUCCGAUGGUGAUGGCACUGAAAGUCCAAUCCUCGUGGAGCAGUCCUCUGAUACAGUUGAUCAGCCACACAGCCCCACCACGAAGCACAAUCACAGUCGUCCUUAUGUCAAUCCAUCUCACGGGAGCAAUAGCCAUCACAACGAGAAGUCCAAGAGUCUCACUAAAUAUGGAGAGCUCGUUAUUUUAGGGUACAAUGGAUUUCUUCCACCUGGUGAUCGCGGUCGUCGUAGAAGUAAAUUCGUAUUAUACAAAAGACCAACUCCAAAUGGAGUGAAGAGGAGUAAACAUUAUGUUGUUAAAACUCCUCACAAUUCACAGGCUGUUUUGAAUGCCAAACAGCACUCUAUAUCGUAUACAUUAUCGAGAACACAGGCUGUCAUUGUUGAAUACACUGAGGAUGACACAACUGAUAUGUUUCAAAUUGGUCGAUCAUCGGAGCCUCCUAUUGAUUUUGUCGUCAUGGACACUUAUCCAGCCAGUGAGAAUGGCCCUGGUAAUGAGAGCCGCAUGGCUCAAAGUACAAUAAGUAGAUUUGCUUGUCGUAUACUGACUGAUAGACAUAAUCCCAAGAUUACGAGAAUUUAUGCUGCUGGUUUUGAUAGCUCCAGAAAUAUUUUUUUAGGGGAGAAAGCAACAAAAUGGCAAGAGAAUAGAGAAAUCGACGGUCUAACAACAAAUGGAAUUCUGAUAAUGCAUCCACGAGGUCAAUUCUGUGGUGGAGAGGCCCAGUGUGGCUCCUGGCGUGAGAUAAGCGUUGGUGGAGGUGUAUUCUCACUCAGAGAGAGUAGAAGUGCCCAGCAGAAGGGGAACGUCGUUGAGGAGGAGGACAAUGUAUUGCAAGAUGGGACAUUGAUUGAUUUAUGUGGAGCCACUCUCCUCUGGCGAUCUGCUGAGGGUCUAGCCAAGUCUCCAACGAAACACGAUUUAGAGGAAUUGGUUGAUGCUAUUAAUGCAGGACGUCCUCAGUGCCCUGUUGGCCUGAAUACUUUGGUAAUACCGAGAAAACCAGUUUCAGACUCUGCCCAACAGCAGCCAUACGUUUAUCUCAAGUGUGGACAUGUCCAGGGGUAUCAUGAUUGGGGACAGGAGAAGGACAAGGCGACGAGACGAUGUCCAAUGUGUUUGGUAGCUGGACCAAUUGUCAAACUGUGCAUGGGGAUUGAGCCUGCAUUUUACGUGGAUCGAGGACCUCCCACUUACGCCUUCAACCCUUGUGGUCACAUGGCAACUGAAAAAACUGUCAAAUAUUGGGAAAAAGUUGCAAUUCCUCAUGGUACAAAUGGCUACAUAGCAAUCUGCCCCUUCUGCGCAGUCCCCCUGGAAGGCACCCCAGGCUACGUCAGACUAAUAUUCCAAGAUAACGUAGACUAAUAAAUUAUAAAUUUUUGCAAAAAACACUACCAGACUGCUGACGAUACAAAAAAAUAUACAACAAAAUCUGUAUUGUAAACAAUUUCUCACUCAUUGUAAUUUUUUUAUACACUCCAAUACGUAUGGAUUCCCAAAUAAACCGAGAAGAAACAUGUAACACCUUUCAAUCGUGAAAGGACCAGAGCAAAGAAAUAGAAAAUUCAUC